GAUUUGACAGCACCGGUAUUUUGACAGCUCAUAAAAAACUUUUGACGUUGCGGCUACAUUUUGUGUUUUUGUCCAUUUUUAAUCGUUUCACUCACCUCCCGUUAAUAAAUUGUUGACUUUUCAUACUAUUUUUGUAAAUUAAACCAUUUAAUGAAAUAUUUAAGAUGGAGAUCAAAAGUGAGUUGGAUUUAAGUGGUAAAUUAAUAAUUAAGGUACAACUAGGAGAUGAUAUUAGACGAAUCCCAAUCCACAACGAAUCUUUAACGUACGACGAAUUGGUUUUAAUGAUGCAAAGGGUUUUUAGGGGCAAAUUAUCCGCUAACGAUGACAUCACAAUCAAAUACAAAGAUGAAGACGGUGAUCUAAUAACAAUAUUUGAAAGUAAUGAUUUAUCAUUUGCAAUACAAUGCAGUCGUAUUUUAAAAUUACAAAUUUUACUUAAUUCUGAUAUGAAAAAUGACUCUGGGAAUGCUUUGUCAUCUAAUGAAGUAACUAAUCUCAAGAAGCAGCUCCGAAAUAUAAGAGAUCAAGUAAAUAACCUGCUUGAUACCAUUGAUAUACAGGAAAACAAAACUGUCAAUAGCGGGCAUCAAGAAGGAGGUGAGACAUCAAAUAUAGAUCUGAAUCAAUCCAGUUCAUCUUUAAACAAAGUUAACUCAAGUGAAUUUGAUCCACUUCAAGACAAAAAUCAGAAAAAUGGUACUGAAGAUGUUAAAGAUUCAAAACCAUCUACUCCACAAAUUAAUAAUGAAGGAUCUGGUAGUAGACCUCAGUCAGUAUCAAUGGCAACAACUCCAGGUCAGCAAUCUGUUGUAACAUCAGCAGCAAAUCCACAUGGAAUGAGCGAUUAUUUUGCAAGAUCAUCGAGCGCUACUAAUUUUCCAGGAAUGCAAUACAGCUCUUUACCCUAUCACCAACAAUACAACUUUCAAUCAACUGGACGCUAUGUUCCUCAAGUAAUGGAUAGCUCCCAGGUUCCAAGCUCUAAUGCUUAUUCAAAUCCACCACAAGGUAGCAUCUCAUAUCAACAACAACCACAAUAUGGUCAUCCUCCAGUUGUAUACCCUCCAUCAGCUCAAGGCAACCCCUACUCAAAGGGUUUCACUCAACCAUCCCCACAACACGGUUUCAUGCCUCCACGUCAAUAGGCAACCCACUUAUAUUAAGACUAUUUUAGACUAGUCUAUGGAGCGAACUUAAAUUCUGUUCAAUUAUCUGUUAUCAUUCUGUUUGAACUUUAUAAAUUAAUGUUGAGUCAUUGAUUUAAAAUUCAGAUAAUAAUCAAGAUUAACUACCGAAAAAGAUAAUAAGUAGGAUUGGAGAUAAAAACUAAUAUUAAUUUCAUUUACAAAGUACAUUAAUAUUAUGUGAAGAAUGAAUAUAGAUUUUAAGUAUGAAAGUAAAUAUUACAGUUUUGAAUAGCUUUCAACAGUUCAUCUGAAACAGGUAUAGACUGGUUUAUUGAUAAAUCAUGUUUUUCAUAUCCAUUAGCAUGAGAUAAUUGUAGUUCAUUGUUAUUUGAAAUUAAAGCCAAAAUCUUGCUCUAAUAAUGCCAACUCAUCUUUUUGUUUGUCAUACUAAGUAUUUCUCUAUUUACCUUUGUUAGACACAUCAUAAAUAGUUUCACAGAAUAAACACUGAGGUGAGCCACAGUAUAAUGGUUUGGUUAAUUUUGUCAGUAUU